CUGGGGUAGCGGCGGCGAGCGGCAGUCUACGUUUACGAGUCUCUCAGCGGCCCGGAGUCGCACAUACAGACCAGGCCUCUAACCACUCCUUGGGAGCCUGCGUGCCAGCAGCCAGGAACCCUGAUCCUCUCGCGGAGCCUGCACAAUCAAUCCAGACUGAAGCUGAUGUCUUCUAGAGAGACGCAAGCGCAAUCCAGCCAGGGCGCAGCUGAAUUUUGAGAGGCCUGAAUGCCUCCACGUCAACCAGGGGACCGCUGGGACUAAUUUUAUUGGCAAACUUGUGGUCAGCCAAACCUACCAUGCUUCACAUUCCUGUUAUCCUUGGUUACCGCCCAGGAUUGGCUUAUAGAAGAGAUGAAAUGUGGUCGGAGGGACGAUAUGACUAUGAAAGACUUUCAAGAGAACGAGCACCUCCUCGAAACCACCCCAGUGAUGGCUACCAUAGAGUAGUUAAUAUUGUGCCAAAGAAAUCACCACUGCUAGACAGACCUGGUGAAGGAAGCUACUACCGUAGAUAUUACAGUCAUGUUGAUUACCGAGACUAUGACGAGGGCCGCAGUUUUUCUCAUGAUCGAAGAAGUGGUCAACCUGACAGAGGAGAUGAAUCUGGUUACAGAUGGGCAAGAGAUGAUCAUUCUGCAAGCCGACAGCCUGAAUACAGGGGCUUGAGAGAUGGCUUUAGAAGAAAAGGUUUCUACUCUUCUCAUUAUGGGAGAGACCGGUCUCCUCAUAAAAGGGAUAAUUCGUUCUUCAGAGAAUCACCUGGAGGCCGAAAGGAUUCUCCACACAGCAGGUCUGGCUCCAGUAGUAGAAGCUACUCUCCAGAAAGAAGCAAACCGUACUCUUUCCAUCAGUCUCAACAUAGAAAGUCCAUGCGUGUUGAUGUCUCCUACAAACGGCAACAUGAAAGAAAGCCAGGAACAGAUAAGGAGAGGCCUGUGCAAUCUUUGAAAACAUCAAGAGAUACUUCACCCUCAAGUUCUGCAGCAGUUUCAUCAUCAAAGGUGUUAGACAAACCUAGCAGGCUAACUGAAAAAGAACUUGCUGAGGCUGCAAGCAAGUGGGCUGCUGAAAAGCUAGAGAAGACAGAUGAAAGUAACUUGCCUGAAAUUUCUGAGUAUGAGGCGGGAUCCACCGCACCAUUGUUCAUUGACCAGCCAGAAGAACCUGAGGCAAAUGCAGCAGAAGGCAUAGAGUUAUUUGAAGACAGUAAGCUAAACAGUCGCUCUAAAGCAAUAGCAUCAAAAACCAAAGAGAUUGAACAGUUUUUGUCCAGGCCUGGAUUUGAACCCACCAUCUCCCGGCAUAUGGGGUCGGCACCCUACUCCUUUGAGCCACAGGUUUACCGACAAGACUGUGAAACUUUCGGGAUGGUGGUGAAAAUGCUGAUUGAAAAAGAUCCUUCGUUAGAAAAGUCUAUACAGUUUGCGCUGAGGCAGAAUUUACACGAGAUAGGUGAGCGAUGUGUUGAAGAACUCAAGCAUUUCAUUGCAGAGUACGAUACUUCAACUCAAGAGUUUGGAGAGCCUUUUUAGAUUUCUUGCUCAGGCAAAAAGUUUCUAGAUUUUUUUCCCCCCUCCCUGGAUUGCAUAAAUCCUUAAUAUAUGGAAUUUUUGUGAUGAAGAGAAAUACUUUAUGAUAGCUGACCAUACUUGCAGUAUCAAAUAAACAUCUAAAAGAAUCUAUUGAAAAUAUUUUCAUUAGGAUUGUUUUCUACACGUAAGAGUCUCCUAAUCCAUACUCACCUUUUUUUUUUUGCCCCCUAAAAUGAUGGUCAAUUAAUUUUCCAAGCUUUGAAAAAGCAGUCCUGAAGAACAGCUUUCAGUGGCUACUCAUGUUCUGCAGUCUUCCAAGUAUGUAAUCAUUUGGUCACAGGAGUGUAAUGUACAGGCUAGAGAUCAUUCCACUUAAACAUCAGUAGUCUGUUUGCAUUUCAUAGUGAAUGAUACCAUGUGAAAAUGUUAGAAUUCUGAGUUGUGAUUUUAUUGAGUUGCUGCUUGCUUUUCUUAGGCUUUGUAACUUUUAUAUGUUCAAGUACUAUCGUAAUAAACUGAAUACUUUAGUAUC